CCUGCUCUUCUAUGCCACCUUUGUUUAUUAUCUCUCCAAAGACAGGUUCUAAGUCUUCUGGGGGAAAUCUGGCACUUUGGGGGCAAUUAUAGAGCAUCUGGGCACUGUGGAGUUUGCAUUAAUCAGGCUCAAGCAGAAAUGCCACAUACCCCUCGCCAACGGUUGCAGCCUCGAGCUCCAGUUUGGUCAGAGACGGAAACUCGAGACUUCCUUGCCCUCUGGGGUGAACUGCUGAUUUUGAGGUGGAUUGAAAACCGGCCACCAAACAGUGACAUCUAUGAGGAUCUCUCAGCCCAGAUGAUAGCCAGGGGUCACGAGCGCAACGCUUCGCAGUGUAGGAACCGAGCCCGGGAUCUGAAGCGAAGUUAUCGGAGAGCCAAAGAUGCCCAGAUCUGUGCUGGAGCAGAACCCGUGUCUUGCCGUUAUUUCCGAGAGUUGGAUCAGAUGUUUGGAGGUGAAAUGGAUAGUGUCACCAACCGGAGCUUGGUCAGCAUGGAUGGAUCCAUGCGGGUGGUGAUAAAAAGAGAAGACGCAAAAGACAUGGAGGCCCAGGCCUCCGAGGAAGAGAGCAACCAAAUGACACCCCCAAACACUCUCUCAAGUAUGGAUGCAGACACAGACACGGAAACCGAACCGAACGUGGGGAUCCCACGAGAGUUAGUGACAGUGAUAGAUCCCAAUGUGAUUGAAACCACAAUAGUUGAGGAAGGUCCUGAAGAGAAGGCGGUGCCCUUGUGUGGGCAACCCAUUCCACGCUGCAGUGAAGAUGGGCACCACACUGCUAUUGGUAGAGGCAGGCGAGAUAAGUCCUUUGGUCAUCCCCUGACAACAGCAGAAAGGAUGGCAUCUAUGCGGGAGAGGAAGAGGCGGUCUCAUGAGGAGAUGAUGCAUGAGAUCAUGACCGACUACAGGAGGACCUGGGAGACCAUGGAGGCUCUUCACGAGAGGAGUGAAAACAACGCUGGGGACUUCCGUGAAGCAGUGCUGAGGGAAAUGCUUCUGGACAGACAGGCUCGGACACGGGAGGCCCAUCUAGAUCGUGAAUCCCGGACAAGGGAGGCCCAGUUGGAUAGAGAGGCCAGGUCUAGGGACAACCAGCUGGAGAGAGAGAUUAGGAUUAAGGAGCUCAGUAUGAUUGAAGCCGAGCUUCAGCGCACCAGGGACAUCCUCCAUCCGAUGGUUGAUGCUGUGGCAUCUAUGGCAGAGGCCUUGCGUAUGGCUAGCAGGAUAUUGCCGCCGUCACAGCCCGCACAGCAAGCGAGGGGUGGAGUCUUUUUGGAAUCAAAGGAAAUCAAGUAA